CACAUUCCCCUCACACCGCUCAAAUCCCUCAAAUCGCACCCACCCAUCAUCCCCAAAAAACCACGCGCACACAGACUCACCUCAGAGCCCCCAUUUGGCACCAUUUCUCACAGACCCAUCAUCGAGCACCUUUCGAUCACACCCACAAAUCCCCCGACCAAUCAAUGGAGAACAACAACCAGGCCACCCAGUCCGCCUCGUACCCUCCCCAGCCCACCCCUCCUCCUCCAGCUCCAUUCCACCACCUCCUCCAGCAGCAACAGCAACAGCUCCAGAUGUUCUGGACCUACCAGCGCCAGGAGAUCGAGCAGGUUAACGACUUCAAGAACCACCAGCUCCCCCUUGCGCGCAUCAAGAAGAUCAUGAAGGCGGACGAGGACGUGCGCAUGAUCUCCGCCGAGGCCCCCAUCCUCUUCGCUAAGGCCUGCGAGCUCUUCAUCCUAGAGCUCACUAUCCGCUCCUGGCUCCACGCCGAGGAAAACAAGCGCCGCACCCUCCAGAAAAAUGACAUCGCAGCGGCGAUCACGAGGACAGAUAUUUUCGAUUUCUUGGUGGACAUCGUGCCCAGGGACGAGAUCAAGGACGAGGCCGCCGGGCUCGGAGGCAUCGUGGGGGCCACCGCCAGUGGAGUCCCCUACUACUACCCGCCGAUGGGCCAACCGGCGGGUGGGCCCCACGGCGGGAUGAUGAUCGGCCGGCCUGCGGCGGUGGACCCCUCUGGGGUGUACGGGCAGCCGCCGUCGAACGCGUGGCAGUCGGUGUGGCAGGGGCACGCCGCCGACGACGGGUCGUAUGGGAGCGGGGGGAGCGCUGGGCAGGGCAAUCUUGACGGCCAGAGUUAAAAGUAACUUAUUCGAAGACGAUUUGCUGUGUGGCGCAAUGGAAACAUGUCGAGCUUAGCUGAUGCUACCUGGAAUUUUUGAUUGCUUCUGAAUUAAAAGAGCACUUGCCAGCUCAUAUUUUUUUUAUGGGACGCCAUUAGAACUUGUAAAAACUUUUUAACUUUUAACUUGAGAUCCAGUGCAGUUAAACAACUGCUGCUAUGACUUAUUAAUAUUUACUGUGCAGUCUUGAAAUUUA